UGCGCGCGCCUCUCUCCCUGCGCUGUUGCUGCUGCAGUUACUUUGACAUGAGGGAGUUGUAGAGACACAGCGUCCGGACAACUUCACUUCACUUCACUUCACUUGGCAGGAGGUGAGUGGAGGGGAUCACUAUCCUCCCCCAACAACAACAACAAAAGUUUUUUGCUUUCAAUCAGACUGGAGGAACUUGACUCUCCUUUCCGCCCCGAGAAGAGCAGGGAAAAAAGUCUGGGGUGGAAGUUGUUGAUUUUCACCCCAUUUCUCUGCAACUUGUUGCGAUUUGUGUUCAGUGCGGAGCUCCAGUUACUGAAGUUCCUGGGGAAUUAAAUUCGGGAACUGCUCGGGUUAUCGGUUGAAACUUUUGGUACCAGGUCCCUUGCAAAGAGCAUUGUGCUGAAAUGGAUCUUUAAUUGCUGUGGAAAAGCCCAGGAAAAGUUUCUUGGCAGCAAUAAGAAUAAUAAACAGUGAGUGCAUACCUUCAUUACUGUUUGAGAAGUGAACAAAGGUCAUAAAGAACUGGGAAGCAAAAUAAAAACUGCAGCAGCCAGGUGUGUGCUUCCUUCAUGUUAGACUGAUACCCGGCAAGUCACAGAUCUUUGGAGCAGGAUCCUGGAAAAUGCUUGAUGUUUUCCAUUUGUAAUCCCUACCAGAAGUAUAACGUGAGACCAAUGAAUGAGAAUGAAUUCUAAUUUGAUUAUGAAGUUUAUUGACCUUCGAAUCGCGAAAAAUGGAGCCUUACAUUGGUGCUGUUCCAAACAAACAAAUGCAGCGAGAUUACGGAAUCCAAAUCCGGUUUAUUCAAGAUGCUCAAGAAGAAUCUUCCCAGGAACAAAAAUAUCGGACUGCCCCAAACAAAUCAGGAUCCUAUGGUGUCAGCAUUAGGGUGCAGGGGAUUGAUGGACAGCCAUAUGUAGUGUUAAACAGCAGCCAGGAAGGAAACCUGCAAAUGUAUGAGCCUCCAGCUGAGAACGGCUGCCUUGAUCAAACUUUGUCUCAGGGUGGUUUCAAAGCAUGUUCUGAUUCCUCUGCAGAGCUACAAAGAAACAUGCACUCCAACAAUGGCCAUUUUAUCUAUCCAGAACAUCCGUAUUUCAAUCCACAGAAGCCAUCUUAUACACAGCUGCCUCUUCCAGUAACAGACACCUCAAAGAUUGAGGUUGAUAAAAAGCACACAAAAGCAAGUAGUUUAUUGAACUUCCAAAAACAUCCCGAAAUUCUGAAGCCAUAUGAUCCUGAUAAGAACCUCUUGAAAGGUACCAGUCAACAAAGUUUGGUUAGUAGCAAGUCAUCAGAGAGGAGUGAAGACAAAUCUUUUCAUCAUUUGCCCAAAUUUUCAGAUAAGUUAGAUAUUAGACCAUCGAGUUCAACAAAGACCAAUGAUGAUAAAAGUGAUUUCAUUAAGUCCAGAGCAAUGGAAGAUGCUACCAAGAAGACUACUGGGUCUACCAGUAGAAAAGUGGAUACACUGAAUAACAAUAGAAGAUGUCAAAAUGACACCAGUCCUGAUUCAGGCGAUUCACGGAGAACACGACCAGAUUUGCUUCCUUUGCGCCGCCAAGAUUCAUCUGGAAGAGGUAUUGAUGUUUCUAGGUCACGGUGGUCAUCAUCAUCAACUCCGACGUCAGCAAGCUCAGACAAGAUAAAUCCUUCAUUCAAGUUCGGAUGGCUGGAUGAUCCAGAUGAAGAGCUUUCUGCUGAAAAUGUAAACCGUCAUGAAAACAGAAGAUACAUUCCAUUUUUUCCAGGCACUGGUCGUGAUAUUGACUCUGGUCCCAUUCCUGGAGUGGAUGAAUUGAUUGAUAAAUUUGAUGGAAAGGGUGGACAGCAUCGGCGUGGUAGGUCUGCAAGGAGAAACCGGAUUGACCCAGAAGAUAGAAAACGAUCCCGAAGUGCGGAUAGUGCUUUUCCACACAGGUCAAAAGAUAAUUCUGCUUACCUAGACCAAUAUAGUAAAAAGACUGGAAUAUUAAAUGAACAUUUGUUGAGACCAUCUCAAUUGAGUCGUAAAAAUGCUACUUCACAAAGUUUAUGGAACUCUGCUUCCAGUGACAACGAGCCAGCCAAUUAUGCUUCAUCCACUGGUAGUCUUGGCAGUUGUCAAACCCAACCUACAGGAAACCUGGGUUAUGGCUUUACGAAGAGUCUAGGUCAGACUGAAUUGGAUGCUGCAGAUACUCGUGAACAUCGUGACAGAAUGUCUGGUAGAUCUUCCACACUCUCUGUAGGUGUGAUCAAUAAACCUGAAGCCAAAAAGGAGACAGUAACUCCUGUUACACAAAUAAGAACAUCUAAAACAGCACCUUCCUUUUUUGAAAUCAGGAAACAUAGUUUAAAACCUCCUGCUCAAACAAACCAAUCUGCCUGUGAUCAUGACACGCAGGUAACUCCUGACCUUCUGAAGGACCAACAAAUGAAUGAGGAGACUGCAAAACAGAUCCUUUACAACUGUCUUAAAGUGGGAUGUCACGAUGAUGAUGCAGCAAAGAAGAAAGUCAAUUUGGUGUUUGAGAAAAUCCAGACUUUAAAAUCAAAAAGUCCACUCAGCUUGGAAGAACAAAAGGACAAAAGAAAUGACAGUACUUCUGAAUAUAAAGCACUGCUGGAGCAGAAGAAUGAACUUGAAAAGAAGACAGACGAAAUGGAAAAGAAAGUAAAUCAGCUUCAAAAAAAACUGGAUGAACAAACUCUGAAAGAGCAGAGUGCCACAGAACAAAAAAGUAGGACCAAAACUGAUAUGAAAAAUCUGCAACAAGAAAUGGCAGACAUUUUAGAGGAAAACAAUAGUUUAAGGGAGCAGCUUGCGAAAUCCGAUAAAGAGCUUCGAAACCAACUUGAGGAGUUAGUACAAGUGAAGAUGGAAAAAGAGCAAUAUCAAAGUGAAGUCCGGGAUUUGCAGGAUCAGCUCUCGGAAAUGCAUGAUGAGCUGGAUCAUGCAAAAAACAGUGCCGACAAUGAAGAAGAGAAAGAGACUUUGAUAAUGGAGAUGAUGCAGGCAAAGCAGCAGCUGGAAGAGGUGCUGUUAGCUAAAGAAGAUCAGCAGGAGUUGUUGAGGCGAAGAGAAAGAGAGCUGACAGCACUUCGAGGUGUCCUGAAGGAGGAGGUGUCAAACCAUGAUCGGGAAACUGAAGAUCUUAAAGAGUUACAUGAAAAGGAGAAACAGAAACUUAGAAACAGCAUUGAUGAUCUCGUCCAGAGCAAAAGUGCAUUGGAGCAAGCACAAGUUGUAGCCAAACAAGCAAAGGACACUGCAGAGGAUCAUAUGAAACGCCUCAUGGAUGAAAAUGAGACCCUGAAGAAAAAAGUUGCAGAAUUACAGAAUGAAAUCCGUGAACUCAAUCACAUGGUUUCUAAUAUGAAAAUGGAAGAGAACAGGUUGAGGGAUAAACUUGCACGUUUGGAGAAAGAGAAGAAGCAGCUGGAAAUUGCCUUGAGAGAAAUUGGAGACCAAGAACAGGACCUUUCAUUGGCAAAAAGAGCUUUGGAGAGCCGGUUGGAAGAAGUCCAGAGAAGCCUCAACAACCGAUCACAGGGGUAUGAAGAAUUAAAGGAAAGACUUGAUUCAGAAGUAGCUCAGAAGGAUCUUUUGAAAAAAACAAAGAAUGAAAUGGAGGUCAAUAAAAGGCAAUUGGAGAAGAUGAUCGAAAAACUUGAGAAAGAGAUGGCUGAGAUGAGUCAGGAUUCUCAGAGGUCAAACCUUGAUCUGCGGAAGGAGCUUGAUGAGUACAAGGAAAAGAAUCGCAGUCAACUGAAUGUCCUGCAGCAGCAACUGAAAACCAAAGCCCAGGAGGCUGAGAAAUUUCAACUAAUAACCAAGAAACUGCAGGAUGAGAUGCGACAAAUGCGAGAGGAGUUGGAAUGCUGUUGUGGUGAACGUGACGAAGUGGUUCUGAAAAGCCAACAACUGAAGCAGAAAGUUAAUGACCUUGAGCUUGACCUUGAAAGUAAAAUGCAAUUCAAGGACGACCGAAAUCGGCAGAUCAAGCAAAUGGAGGAUAAAUUGGCAGAAAUGGAGGUGGAACUGGAUGAAGAGAGAAGUAAUUCAGACCUUCUAACGGAUCGCAUCAGUAGAGAUCGAGAACAGAUUGAGCAGAUGCGAAAUGAACUUUUUCAGGAAAGAGCGACAAGGCAAGAUCUGGAGUGUGACAAGAUUUCCUUAGAGAGACAGCACAAAGAUCUAAAAAGCAGAAUUGCAUAUUUGGAAGGAUCUCAGAAACAGACUAAGGAAGGUAUUGUUACCCAGCUAGAGGCAAGAAUCCAGGAACUGGAAGAACGCCUUGAAGCUGAAGAAAGAGACCGAUCUGCUCUGCAACUGAACAAUCGUAAACUUGAAAGAAAGGCCAAGGAGCUUAUGCUACAAGUAGAUGAUGAACGUCUCCACCUGACAGACCAAAAUGAUCAGUUGAACCUACGGAUGAAAGCCCUCAAAAGGCAAGUGGAUGAAGCAGAGGGAGAAAUAGACCGCUUGGAAAAUGCAAAGAGGAAGCUGCAGAGAGAGCUGGAGGAACAAAUGGAAGCCAAUGAAGAACUUCAAGGACAAAUGAAUACUUUAAAAAAGGACCUCAGGCGCAAGAAUUCAUCAGCAAAGGUUUCCUCCUCUGUUCUAAAUGAUUUUGACAAUGAUUACAGUACAGAUGAAGAAAGUCUCUAUGACACAGGAUUUAAAUUGUCAAUGGAUGGUAAUGUGUAAAUGCAAAACUAAACUGAUGCCUAACCAUUAGAUAAAGGGAAACAGCAAUGCAGUGGCGUAAUUCACUCUCUGAGGUACCAUAUUCUGCCCGAGGCUUUUGUUUUUAAUUCCUUCAUUGCACUGAUGCUGCUUUAUACAUGAAAUGUUUUAAACAUUUGUCACUGCUGUCUCAGAUGCCACGCUGCUUUCUUUCUGCCUUUGGAGUACUUUGGAUUGGCAAAGGAAGGUCAUAUUUUAUUGCUCAAUGAAAGGAAUUUAUAAACGUGUCCAACUUAAAAAAAAAAGACGCAACAAUCAGCAGUCAAUUGUUAAAAUAUGUACAGACUAUAAAUAGAUCUAAAUGACAGAAAUUAUUUUCCUUUAUUAUUUAAAACACUAAAGUGCCAACAAUACUUUGGCCAAUAUCUUUUAUGGCUGUUACAUUAACUGUGUACUUUAUCAGCCUUUCUCUUUCCCACUUUGGCCCUAAAGACACUGAUUUUAACUGGAGUUUAAUUCCCCAAGACUGGAGAGCAUUGCCCUGAAGAUGCAUUUUCACCUGUGGUUCCAGCCCAGUGAAUGUCCCAGUGAACCACAGACGAGAUUAAUACCACAAGCUGGCAUCAACAAAGCUGCAUUUCCAUUCAGUGCCAUUGCAACAAGAAAAAGCAGAAAUUUCUCCCUAUCCUGCACUCUAAUCCAAAGUAGCUGCAGUCUGAUUGUAGUACCUAUGGUGUCUAACUGAGCUGAGACCUGCUUGUGCAGUGAAAUGGCAAACUUCCCAGUCUCUGCAGCUCAGCUGUUCACCGCCACAAUUGGCUGCGUCACUGGAGUACUUAGUCUCAUCAUUUGAUGUAAACAGUCCGUAUUAGCUCCUUCGUUUGUCAUGACCACAGAAAAGAACACAUCCUGAGUUCAUUUCCCCGUUUCUGAAUACCGUUAUUUGGUGCAGUAGGGGUGCUAACAGCUACCCUCAGUGCCUGGGGCUGGAAAGGGAUUUGAUAAAGAAUUGGUUUCCCAUGGUUGUUUAGUGACCCCUGCUGGAAAACCUGUGUGUUUUCAAUCAAGGGAAGGGAAUUUCGAUACUUGGGGAGGGUGGGGAAAUCUUUAACCUCGAAAAACAAUUGGAGGUGUACUAAAAAUGGGAAACCACCUCCACACCUUGAACAGAGUUGGCUUAGCAUCAGGUUUUCCAUUUUUCACACCUUUAAAAUUAAAUUCAGCCCUAUAGAGCAAUAUUGUACAUUAAAAUAUUUUUAAUGAGACUGUGUCUCGGAAGUUGAGGUCAUUUUAGCAAAAAAAAAACAGGUUUUGGUUUGGGUGGGAGAUUUCAAUGUCAAUAAUCAGAAAUUGAAGUGUAACUCGCCUUAAUCAGUCCUAUGUCCAGCGAGACAAGGGGCAGGUGACAAAUCCCCUUUCAGGAGGAUGACCCGUCUUUGAAACUUUUUUCAGUAGGCUGCACAAUUCCAUUUUUGCACAGUUUCUAUUUUUAAACUAUUUGGCAGCCUCUGCAAAUCCUGAAAAUUAUAAGGAACUGAGAAGUGAUGAGUCCAUCAGGAAAAAGCCUUUUAUGGUAUUGCCGAUGGGUCCGAAGGAGCAGGAGUGUUUCCUCUGGUCACCACCACCAGGCUUCGAAAUACUGUCCCGAUAUCCACAGUAUCCUCCUCCCAAUCUGAUAUACAGCCACAUCAGUAAUCCUUCACUAUGACCACCAACUCCAAGCUAUUCCUAACUCCCUGCCUCUCCCUGACACCUCCCAGUUUUCUAACCUACACUCCCCUAUCUUAUGAUCCAUAGAAACAUAGAAGAUAGGAGCACAAGGAGACCCUUCGAGCCUGCUCCGCCAUUUAUCGUGAUCAAGGCUGAGCGUCCAACUCAUUAGCCUAAUCCUGCUUUCUCCCCAUAACCUUUGGUCCCAUUUGCCCCAAGUGCCAUAUCUCACCACCUCUUGAAUGUGUUCAAUGUUUUAGCAUCAACUACCUCCUCUGGUAAUGAAUCGCCUCUCAUCUCUGUACUAAAUGGUCCACCUCGAAUUCUCAGAGUUCUGGACGCACCUACCAUUGGAACAUCCUCUCUGCAUCUACCCUAUCUAGUCCUGUUAAAAUUUUAUGUCUUUAUGGAAAGAGCAGAAAUUUCUCCCUGUCCUGCACUCUAAUCCAAAGUAGCUGCAGUCUGAUUGUAGUACCUAUGGUGUCUAACCCCCCACUCACUCAUCUGAACUCCAGCAAAAUCAAUUUUGACCUAGUCAAUGUCUCUUCAUUCGUCAAUCCUGCCAUCUGUGGAAUCAGCCUGGUAAACCUUCACUGCACUCCCUCGAGAGCAAGAGCAUCCUUUCUCAGAAAAGGAGCCCAAAACCGCACACAAUAUUCUAGGUACUGUCUCACCAAGGCCCUGUGUAAUUGCAACAACACGUCCCUACUCCUGGACUCAAAAUCUUUCACAAUAAGGGCCGACAUACUAUUUAUCUUCUUUACAACCUGCUGCGCCUGCAUGCUUACCUUCAGCAACUCGUACAUAAGGACACCCAGGUCCUGCUGCACACUCCCCUCUCCCAAUUUACAGCCAUUCAGGUAGUACUCUGCUUUCUUGUUCUCGCUUCCAAAGUGAAUAGCGUCUCACUUAUCCAAAUCAUACUGCAUCUGCCAUUGAUUUCCCCACUCACCCAACGUGUCCAGAUCACGCUGAAGGAUCUCUGCAUCCUCAUGACAGUUCAUCCUCCCAACCAACUUGGUAUCAUCUGCAAACCUUGAGAUAUUA